UUUCUGGCGGCGGAGGUAAUGGUGCCGCCGGCGUCCCUCCUCCUUUUUUUUCCACCAGCGGCAGAUUAUUGUGUGGGAGGAGGGCAGGAGCGGCGGUGGCGACAGGGAUGGACUUGGUGUUUGGGAUUUCUUGCUAAAGGGAGCAACACAGCCGCUCCACGCACCAGACCAGAAAGGAGGCAGACGCAAGUGGAGCCGCUGCUGGUCGCUGCUGCUGCCUGAUGCCUCGCCGCCUCGCUCAAGAAAGCCAGAAGCCUCGUUUUUAAAGAAGACUUCGCUUCUUCCGCCCCUCGCCGCCGCCUGCUCCCCACCUGGUAGCUUCCCCGCUCCGGCAGAUGUGUGUGGGGUCGCUGCACAGCUGGGACUAUGGUGAAAUUUCCGGCGCUCACCAACUAUUGGCCCCUCAUCCGCUUCUUGGUCCCUUUGGGCAUCACUAAUAUCGCCAUCGACUUCGGGGAACAGGCCUUGAAUAGAGGUAUUGCGGCUGUUAAGGAAGAUGCUGUAGAAAUGCUAGCCAGCUAUGGGUUGGCAUACUCACUUAUGAAGUUUUUCACAGGUCCAAUGAGUGACUUCAAAAAUGUGGGUCUGGUUUUUGUCAACAGUAAGAGAGACAGAACCAAAGCAGUUUUGUGUAUGGUUGUAGCUGGUGCCGUGGCUGCUGUAUUUCAUACCUUGAUAGCAUAUAGUGAUCUGGGAUACUACAUCAUUAACAAGUUGCAUCAUGUUGACGAUUCUGUGGGAAGUAAAACACGCAAGGCCUUCCUUUAUCUUGCAGCUUUUCCUUUUAUGGAUGCCAUGGCUUGGACACAUGCAGGCAUUCUUCUGAAACACAAAUACAGCUUUCUGGUUGGAUGUGCCUCUAUUUCAGAUGUCAUUGCUCAGGUGGUUUUUGUGGCUAUUUUACUACACAGUCACUUGGAAUGCCGAGAGCCUCUCCUCAUCCCAAUCCUGUCUUUGUACAUGGGAGCACUUGUCCGAUGUACCACGUUAUGCCUGGGUUACUACAGAAACAUUCAUGAUAUUAUUCCUGACCAUAGUGGGCCAGAGAUGGGGGGAGAUGCUACAAUAAGAAAGAUGCUAAGUUUCUGGUGGCCUUUGGCAUUAAUUUUGGCCACUCAGAGAAUCAGUAGACCCAUCGUGAACCUCUUUGUAUCCCGGGAUCUUGGUGGCAGUUCAGCAGCCACAGAGGCAGUAGCAAUUUUGACAGCGACGUAUCCAGUGGGGCACAUGCCAUAUGGCUGGUUGACGGAGAUCCGAGCUGUUUACCCUGCUUUUGACAAGAACAAUCCCAGUAAUAAAAUGGUGAAUACCAGCAGUACCGUCACAGGAACACACAUCAAAAAGUUCACUUUUGUCUGCAUGGCCCUCUCCUUAACGCUCUGCUUUGUGAUGUUUUGGACGCCUAAUGUGUCUGAGAAGAUCUUAGUUGACAUCAUUGGAGUUGAUUUUGCUUUUGCAGAGCUCUGUGUCAUUCCUCUUCGUAUCUUCUCCUUCUUUCCUGUUCCAGUCACAGUAAGAGCACAUUUGACAGGAUGGUUGAUGACACUGAAAAAGACUUUUGUCCUAGCUCCUAGCUCAGUACUGCGCAUCAUUGUUCUCAUCACCAGUUUGAUUGUGCUGCCCUAUUUAGGGGUCCACGGAGCCACUCUAGGCGUAGGAUCACUUCUAGCUGGCUUUGUAGGAGAAUCAACUAUGGUUGCAAUAGCAGCUUGUUACGUCUAUCAAAAACAGAAAAAGAAGAGGAAUGAUAAUGAGACCGCGACAGAAGGUGAGGAUUCAGCAAUGACUGACAUGCCUCCAACAGAAGAAAUGACGGACAUCGUAGAAAUGAGAGAAGACAAUGAAUAAUAAAUGAAAACUGCAGGGACAGGAAGUUUAUUUCUUCUCUCACACUUUACUUUUAAUAAUGAGGCCUUGUUUCUGAAGGUUUCAGAUAAUGAAUUCAUAGCAUACCAAGUAUGCUGGCAUGGAUGAGGAACUUAAAGGAACAGUCUCUGUUUUUCUUUUCUUCCCCUUCAACUGAAUUUUUUUCUCCCAUUUCAUGCAAUUGCAAAAGACUUGGCGGCUAUUCAAUAGAGGAAGCUUCCGUUCUUGGGACAUUCUCCUUUGUCAACCAAAGUCUCUCUGUUGAUUCAUGGAUUGUGUUGCCGUCCUGCCUCUUCUCCUUACCUGCCCCAUUUCUUUUUUAUUAUUGUUAAUGAAAUAUAAAAAAUACAACCUUGGGGGGAAAACAUUAGCUUUAUUUUGCUUGCCUGAACAUGACCUUACUCUGUUGAUCUGUAUCAUGGCGGAUCCCUGAAAUUGGCUUUCUUAACAUUCAGUGUAAUAUAUUGUAUACUGCUAACACUACCAGACAAGAUCCUGAGUUAAAAAGAGUAAAUGAGAGAUGAAAUAUGUUAAAGAGACCUUGAUAAAUGCAGAAUAAGACAAAAUAAAGAGUUUAGGGUUGAUUAUAUUACCUAUGGUACAAAAGAGAGUUUUCCUGUGGUAGUGAACUGUGAACCAUCUGUAUGGUUCACUAAGCUUGUAACUGUUUUCUAAAAACAAUUGUGGAAUGAGAAGUUUUACUACAAUAUUAGUGUCCUAUCUAAAACUUUAUAUUUGAUAGAGUGGGGUUCUCAUACUCAGUGCUAUGCAGGAUACUUGAGAUGAUGGGCAAGCAUUUGUUCAUAGGGUUGUUUCUGGAAAGGAAUGUGGCAACACCCAUACACACACCAAUAUUUAAACCAAAGUAGUAAUCUUCUCUUGUGGGGUAGGGGAAAAAUAAGGCUGUUUGUACAAACUGCUAUAUGUGCUAACUUGUAUAGCGAAUAUAAUAGCAUAUCUUUUUCCUUUAGAAAACUUUGAAUAGGACUAUGUUACUUCAGGAGGAACUUGCCAAAAUGGAAUGAUGUUAAAUAAAUCAAAGUCUACAUUGGGAAAAUGGUCCAAACAGAAAUCUUGCAGUGCUGUGGAAGAGGGUCUUUGUCAAUGGAAUUAGUGUUUCAUUUGUUACCCAUUCACCCGAUUGGACUACUUAUGCUUUGGUGACUUGGAUGCGCUACAGAGCUUGCCAACAGGCCAGGCCAUUGGCUUUCAUGGAUUGUCAGUUACAUAGCUAACAAGGAUUGUUGCAGUCCAAGCGCAGCGUUAGCAUGGACAACACCAGCUUCCAGCUAUUGAUGUGGAAAGUGAAAGAAGUACCCGUAUUUGCUCUUGUCAUGCAGCUGUGCACUAUUAAGGGGGCUAAGUGGGACCCUCAGUACCCAUGGUUAAUUUGGUAAUUCACAUGACAUCUUAACACAAGACAAAAUAUACUGAAACAUUUCAAGGUUUCUUUAGACAAAUUAUAUUUUUCUAUAAGCUUUACAACAGUGAAAUAAUUUAAUUUAAUUUUGCACAAAGCUGUUUUCUAGAUUUUGGAAGUGGAUAGUUUCGAUCAGAAGACAUCUUUAAAGAUAAUAUGUCGAUCCUAUAUCAAUAUAUGUGUGUAUAUACAUAUUGAAUGUGUAUAAA